UUAUUUUCUCAUAAUGAAGCCUAACAAUAAGUUCUCAAAAAUAUUCGAUAAGGAAGAGGAUAUUAUAAACAACCCACUUAAUUUCAUUAAAGAUGAGGAUAAUUAAGUCAAUAGAUGAUUUCGGAAAGGUGAUCUUCGAAGGGCCUCUGAUUAAAAAGAAAAAGAAGAAGGAAGAGUUCCAAAAGAUUUACUAUUAUCGGCUGACUGACAAGGGUAAAAUGAUUCAGUUUAAAAAUAAGGAUUCGACUAAUUACAAAGGAGCGAUGGAUAUCAAGAAUUGUCGGAUUAAUAAAGGAAAGUUCAAGAAUCAGCAAGGCGAAUACUUCUACGGUAUUAACAUCAUUGGUAGGAAGGAAAACCAGGACUUUUACAGUCUCCAAGAGAUUGAUAUAGAUCAGUGGUACCAGAACUUAAUCAGGUUCUGUGUCCUUCUUGACCUAACCCAGAAGUACAAGAGGCUAAAUAAAAUUGGAAAAGGAAACUUUGCAACUGUUUAUAAGUAUGAGCGUAUUAGUGACAAGAAAAUUUUUGCAGUUAAAUCUCUUGAGAAAAGAAAGAUCAUGGAGUCUAAGAGAGGGAGUAAUGACAACCCUCUGCUUAAUGAAAUUGAAGUCAUGCGAACUUGUGACCAUCCUAAUAUCAUCAAGCUCUAUGAGGUUCAUGAAGCAGAUAAGCAUGUUCACUUGGUCAUGGAAGUUUUGGAAGGUGGUGAAUUAUUUAAUAGAAUUAGGAACAAGGGAACCUAUACUGAAGCAGACGCCAUAAAGAUCAUGAGAAAUAUUCUUGACGCAAUGGCUUAUCUUCAUGAAAGACGUAUAGUUCAUAGAGAUCUUAAGCCAGAAAAUCUGAUCUUAGCCAGUCCAGAUGAUGACUAUGACGUUAAAAUUGCUGAUUUUGGGCUGGCGUCUUUUGUCCCAGAGGGGAAAAAGCUCGAGCUUGCUUGUGGAUCGCCAGGAUACGUCUCCUGUGAGUUACUGCAAGACCCUCCGCCAGGCUAUGACUGCAAGGCAGACAUAUUCUCAAUAGGAGUUAUUCUAUAUAUUCUCCUCACCGGGCGUCCUGCUUUUCCUGGUACUGAUUACAAACAAAUAUUUGAGAAGAAUAAGAAGGGAGAACCAAGCUAUCCAAAGAGGUUUUGGGACAAAAUCUCUGAGCCUGGACAAAACUUGGUAAAGUCCAUGAUCCAGAAGGAUCCAGAGCUGAGGUUAUCCGCUCAAGAGUGCCUCCAGCAUGAAUGGUUCCAAGUUGAAGGAGGGAGUGAGGUCCUCGGAGAUGUUGCUGAAGGAUGGAAAGAGUUUGAUGAACAAGAAAAUGCAGUUCAAGCUCCCGGAGAUGCAUCUACAACUGGUCUCCAGACUACUACACCUGUGAUGGCAGGAAGGAAGCUGAAGGACACUUGUGAGAGUCCUUGGAACCCUACUGGAUUGACACCAAAGAUGAUGCCUGCAACACCAAUGCUAAAAGAUGGAUUUGAUGGCCAACCUAAAAGGAUGGAUGUCAAUAAGCUUUUCGGAGCCAAAGUCCUGAAACAAGAAGAAGAGAAGAAGGAAGAACCAAAAACAGAAAUUGAUACCUUGAAAAAGUUCGAUUUAAUGCAAAGAGAUAGGAAAGGGAAAAAUCACCAAGAUACCAUGAAAUUCCCAAUCGCAGCUUUUGGACCGACUCCUGUUGAUCUCAGACAAAAACAAUCGUCCGAAAAGAGUCAGAAUGCUUCUGGAAUGAAUCAAGCAGCUCCUAUGGAGUGAGAUAAGGAACCUGUUGACCAGAAAAAGCCUGGAGGAAUUCUAGACAAAAUAUUAAGUGAGAAUCACAAGAAUUUAGAAAUGAAAGAAAGCGGCCAGACACCUGAGACGAACCAAAUAGCAAAGAAACCACUUUUCGACUGCUCUGACUCAAUGGUUAAUAUAAAGGAGGAAGACUUAAGAGAAUGUCCUGACAAUCCAAAUCUCCCAGAGGGAGUGCAAAUCCAAUUUUUCAGCUUCAAACCAGGAAUUUCUGUGGAUAAUAGGAUUAUUCCAGCCACACCAGGUGGCACACUCAAGAGCGUGAGUACUAAAAACAAGCCUAGGAUUAUUAAGCAAAAUCUAAUGAAUGCCAUUUAAUAUAAUCUUGUUUCAUGUUUAUAAA